UGGGGCCUGGGGGGCGUCGAGGCCUGGCUGGAGGGGGCUGAAGGAAUGUUGUUGCCAAGAGUUGCGGGGUCCCGAGAGGGGCACCCAUGCCUGGAGUGGACAGGGUCUAAGGGGGCGUCGGUGUUUAGCUGAGGGACACCUGUGACGGUUUUGGUAUCACGGAGGUGGCAGAGGCAUGGUGCCAAGAGAGUGAGGGGCCUUUGAGACGGCAGUUAGGUCAGGUGGACUGGCAUGACUGUGACUGGAUAGUGGCGCAAGCGGGGUCAUGUGGGGUGCAUUCGUGUCCUCCAGUGGAGCAGGUCUCCAAAGCAGCGAUGCCGCGUGUAUGUCUGUGCGGGUAGGGGUACGUGGGUUAUUGAGCGGGCUUGAGAGGGAGGAGGGGCUGGCUGAGAGGAUAUCUAUUUCAAGCUGGACCUGGGAAAGUUGUAGGGGCCUCUUGGCCCCAUUUUUACUGGUGUUGGAGGCAGGACUCUUGGAAGGCAAGUGAGAUGAAGUAGACUGGGACCGCUCAGCAGCAGGGCACACUUGAGCUGUAACAAGCUCUUACUAUCAGGUUGGCUGGCCUGGGGAGCCGGUCACUGAUGCUGAUCUGGGCCAGCUGCGGGUUUUGAGCAAAGGGUCGUGCUGAUGCCAAUACGGGCAACAAAUGGAGCACCCCAGCUUUUCUUGCUAAGUGGCUUGUGCUGAUUUUAGCGCCGCUGGCAUUUCGAAACCCAAAUGGGAGCGUUACUCCUGGCGCCAGGUUGGGUGGGGUGCAGUAGGGGGGAAUCACCCCUCCUUCCCUUCCUUGCAUUUGGCAAGGCUUUACCAUUCUAUUUUCUUCAGUUUCUGUUCCCUUCAGUGUCUUUUCAGAAGGGCAUAUACAGACACACACAGAGCAAGAUGGCAGACUCUAUACAGCUUAGCACUUGAACUUUGUGUUGUGGUCAAGAGUAGAAGCAGAAUGCCAGCAAAAAGCCUUAUCUUUUUUCCUAGGAGUUUAUGAGCAUCAUGUUAUGCCCAUUAGUAUCCUCUAUUUAAAACAUUAAUUUUUCAGGUGAGAUGAACUUUAUAUAAACUGUUUAAAACCGUUUAACCAUUUUAAAGUGAACAAUUCAGUGGUGUUUAGUGCAUUCGCAAUAUUGAGCAACCACUGCCUCUGUCUAGUUCCAAAACAUUUUAUCACCUGGGGAGAAAACCCUGUACAAGCAGUUCCUCCCUGUUCCCCCUUCCCCCAGCCCUUGGCAACCACCAGUCUGCUUUACAUGUCUAUGGAUUUAUCUAUUGAGGAUAUUUCAUAUAAAUGGAAUCUUACAAUACCUUUUGUAUCUGGCUUUUUUUUUGUUUUUUAACCUUUUGUAUCUGGUGUCUCUCCCUUAGCAUAAUGUUCUCAAGGUUUAUCCAUGUUGUAGCAUGUAAUUCAUUCCUUUUUAUGGCUGAAUAAUACUCCGUUGUGUUCCAUAAUUUGUUUAUUCAUUUAUCUGUGGACGUAUCAUCUGCUUUUCCCAAAGAAUAUAUUUAUGUUUAUUGGAAAUAACAUGUGAAAGGAAUAGAGCUCAUUUUCUGUCCCAGUACAUUCCUUUUUCUAGGGCUGGGGCUCUUCUGUUUUAGGCUUUGUUGAGGUUCUUUGUUUUCUCAGUUAAAAUCAUGAAGUGGCAAGAGAAAUAAAUUUCCUUUAUUAGAAAAGUUACAAAGCUAAGAUACAGAUGUUGAGAGAAUAAAAUAUAGAACAAACUGUUGCUUUUCCUUUGCACCUGCGCCUUUCUGUAAGUAUCUUUAAAGGCUGUUUCCAAUAACCAGUAAUUAACAUUGCUAGGGGGUUGAUUUAGGAAUGGUGCAGGCUUUGGAGCCUUUUGAGGUGGGUGCCCUGGGCCUGUGGACUACAUCUCCCCAUUGGAGAGCAGCGGUGGGAACCAGAUCCAUUUCUUUAGCAGGAAGGAUGGAAAGUGGAGGUUCCUUCCCAGGUCAUGGAAGCCUGGGACGUGGAGAGAAGGUUUGGGUGGGGAUCUUCAGUGUCAUGCCCUAAUUGCAGCUUGUGGAUCACAGACCGUUUUGUUAUCAUUUCUCUGGCACUUCCGAUACUUACUUGGGGGACAGGGUGGCUUUUGUACUUUGGUCCAUUUGAAUGGAUGCUAGCGCUGGCCAGCAGCUAUUAUGUGGUUACAGUUCCUGCAGAGAAGGGAAAGUUUUUAAAAUGAGUAGGCUCUCUCCUUCUAACCCCCUUCCCCCUAACACUCCUAACCCCAUCUCAUAGCCUGUCUCUUUCUCUAGCCGAGUCUCAGUAUCUAUAGUGAGAAUUGUGUUUUGAAUUUUAACCUUUGGAAUGGAAGUUACUCUGUAAUUAUUAACUCUGAAUCCGCCACAAUUUAGUCAAUUUAGAUUUUGUUUUGUUUUUGUUGAUUUUUGGCUUGCAGAAAUCAGUGAAGGAAAAAAAAUUUAGAGACCAUUUUGGCUUAGGAUGUACUUCAGGUACUCACUGUCCGUAUUUCAACAAGUGGCUUCUAGCUAGCUCCGAAUUGAGGAGGACUCUCUGUACUCCGUCUGUAUUGAAAAUUGUAUGGGUACCUCACUGCAUUUUUUUCCCUUGAAAUGUCUCUAUCAAGUACAGUCUUUUUUUUUUUUUUUUUUUUUUUUUUGUGGUACACGGGCCUCUCACUGUUGUGGCCUCUCCCGUUGCAGAGCACAGGCUCUGGAUGCGCAGGCUCAGCGGCCAUGGCUCACGGACCCAUCCGCUCCACGGCAUGUGGGAUCUUCCCGGACCUGGGCACGAACCCGUGUCCCCUGCAUCGGCAGGCGGACUCUCAACCACUGCGCCACCAGGGAAGCCCAGUCUUUUUUUUUUUUAAUUAAAGUAUAGUUAAUUUACAAUGUGUUAAUUUCUGGUGUACAGCAAAGUGAUUCAGUUUUAUAUAUAUGUAUAUAUGUAUGUAUAUACAUAUAUUCUUUUUCAUAAUACAAUCUUUUUUUUACACAUGCAUUUAAUAUCAAAUAUAUGAUAUUAGGCAGCUUGCUUUCCCUGGUUCCAGCUCUGCACUAGAACAGUUUUCUUGCCAUCCUGACCCAAAUAAUUUCAUCAGUUUAACUCCAUUCUGUGAUUAGGAACUUAGACUUAAUUCUCCUAUGGGUCAUUGCAACUCAGAUGUGAUUCCUUGAAUCCAUAGAGAAUAAAAAAGCAAGAGAGUCUCCAAACAGUAAGGCCUUGGCAUUUGUCUCUUCCAGUUAAAUUAUGACGGGAUAUGCGGAGUUUCUUUCUUUCUCUUGUUGGUUAGAUUCAACAGAAAAAUCUGACUGUAGUAUUUAAAGUAAAGUUUUAGGAGAAAUGUCUUUUUCAAUAAAGUGAUCCAGCCGAUGGGCUGGGCACAGAUCUGUAGAGAUGCAGUCCUUGCCCUUCCUCUUCCAUGCUUAAAACUUUGAGUUGGAAGGGGGCCCUGGUUCAUGAUAUUUUUUCUUCCCCUCACACCCUCCAAUAGUAUACCCCUUCCGCCCCACCUUUACUCUCCUCCAUUGCCCCAGUUUUCAGUCCAGAAGCCCUGCUCCACUCUUCUUUCCUAAAUAUGGCAUUUCAGUGUGACCACCCUUAUUCCUUGUAGAAUAGUGGGAUAUGAGACUUUCAGAUUCUUACCCUCUUUCUUUCACUUUCUUAGUCUGUUUUAUACACCAAAGUGAGCAAUUGUCUAAAGUUAACACCAUGAGUUGCUGUAAAUCCUUUGAGUAGAAUCCAACAAACGUUUACCAAAAUGUUCAUUCUUUGCAGCAGGCUAUUAUUAUUCCUAGGCACUGGGAACCCUCAAACAAGUAGCAGAAUCCCUGUCCUCAAGGAGCUAAUAAUCCUGUGGGAAAGACAGAUAAUAUCCACUGAUAUGUAAUCUGGAGGGAUCAGCGCUGUAAUGGAAGUGCAAGCAAAGGAUGGUGGGAACAACGGCUAGGGCUGGGGGAAGGUGGGGAUUUAGGGAAGGUUUCAUAGAGGGAGAGGCAUUUGGACAGGGCUUUCAAGGUUGAUAAGGAUAGGUAGGAUGUCUGUGGACUAGGAAGGGGGAAAGUUUAUUCCGGCAUGAAAGAGUGAAAAUGGAGCUUUUAGAAGUGGCACAUAGUCUGUGGUGGAAGCUUUGCCUGUGGGUGUGCAGAGGACUGUGAGAAUAGCUUGAGACUUGAAAGGUGAGCUGCAAUUAGACGAUAAGGAGGGCUUUUAUCCAUUUGUCGAAAUUCUGCUGACAGUAGAACUUUCUGUGAUGUUGGAAAUCAUCUAUAUCUGUGCUGUCCAUUUUGUAGCCACGUAGCCACAUGUGGCUAUUGAGUCCUUGAAAUGUGGCUAGGAUAACUAAGGAACCGAAUUUUUAAUUAAUUAAUUAAUUAAUUUUUGGCUGCGUCAGGUCUUAUUGCAACAUGCAGGAUCGUUUGUUGCGGUGCUGGGCUCUUCCUUGCUGCACGUGGGCUUCUCUCUAGUUGUGGUGCAUGGGCUCAGUAGUAGCCCCUUGGCAUGUGGGAUCUUAGUUCCCCGACCAGGGAUUGAACCCACAUCCCCUGCAUUGGAAGGCGGAUUCUUAACCACUGGAUCACCAGGGAAGUCCUGGAACUGAAUUUUUAAUGGCAUUUAAUUUUUUGUAUCACCUUUAUUGAGUUAUAAUUCACAUGCCAAAAGAUUCAUCCUCUUAAAGUGUACAGAAAAUGUUUUUUUAGUGAGUCAGAGGGUUGUGUGACCAUCACCACUAUCUGAUUUUAGAACAUUUUCAUCACCCCACAAAGAAACCCCAUAGCCAUUAGCAGCCCUUCCCCAUUACACCCCCUCCUCCCCCAGCCCCUACAAUCACUAAUCUACUUUCUGUCUCUUUGGAUUUGCCCAUUCUGGACAUUCUGUAUAAAUGGAAUCAUACACCAUGUGGUCCUUUGUAACUGGCUUCUUUCACUUAGCAUAAUGUUUUCAAGAUUCUUCCAUGUUGAUGUAUUUGUGUAUCAUCACAUGUAUCAGUAUUUCAUUCCUUUUUAUGGCCGGUUAAUAUUCAGUUGCAUGAAUGUACCACAUUUUAUUUAUCCAUUCAUCAGUUGAUGGACAUUUGAGCUGUGUUCCCUUUUGGGCUAUUGUGAAUAAUGCUGCUAUGGACAUGUGUGUACAAGUUUUUGUGUACACAUAUAUGUUUUCAUUUCUCUUGGAUAUAUACCUAAUGGUGGAAUUGCUGGGUCAUAUGAUAACUCUAUGUGUAACCUUUUGAGGAACUGCCAGACUGUUUUCCAAAGUGGUAUGAUAUUCAGUUUUUAAUUUAAAGUAAAUAGCUACGUGUGACUACUGACUACCUGUUAGACAAUGUAGAUCUAACAGUUUUCCAGUGUGGAGGUGGAAUAUAGUCUAAUGUAGUGGUGAGGUCAUGGGCUCUGGGGGCAGAUUACCUGAGUUCCAAACUUGAUUCUUCCACUUACUAUCCUUGAGCAAGUUACUUUAACCUCUUUGUGCCUCAGUUUCCUCAUCUAUAAAAUGGGAAUAAUAAUAGCACAUAAUUUAGGGACUUGCCUGGUGGUGCAGUGGUUAAGAAUCCACCUGCCAAUGCAGGGGACAUGGGUUCGAGCCCUGGUCUGGGAAGAUCCCACAUGCCGCGGAGCAACUGAGCCUGUGCACCGCAACUACUGAGCCAGUGCUCUAGAGCCCACGAGCCACAACUACAGAGCCCACAUGCCACAAAUACUGAAGCCCGCACACCUAGAACCCAUGCUCCGCAGCAAGAGAAGCCACCGCCUAGAGAAGCCUGAUGCGCCACAACAAAGAGUAGCCCCCACUCGCUGCAACUAGAGAAAGCCUGAACGCAGCAAUGAAGACCCAACGCAGCCUAAAUAAAUAAGUAAAUAAAUAAAUAAAUAAAAGUAGCACGUACUUUAUAGGUUUGUUGGGACCUGAAAAGAUAUAUAUGUAAAGCUUUUGGAAUAUACUUUAUGGUUAUUAAAUAUAAUAAUACUUAUCACUGCUAUUCUUAUUGGUGAUCCUCAAGAGUGCAUUGUGGUUGGUAAGUUAGUGUCAACUCUCAAACUAGGUUCAGAAACUGAGAUUUGGGGAGUUUGGAAGUGACUUCCUUGAUGCUGUUCUAUAUCUGAGUUUAGGUUUGUCCCUGUGAUCCUUUACCUAUGUAGGUAACUCUUCAUGGUGAACCUAUGUAGAAUAGUGGUUCUCAAUUGGAGACAAUUUUGCCCCUGCCUGAGGACAUUUGUCAGUGUCUGGAAACAUUUUUGAUUGUCGUAACUCAGGAGCACUACUGGCAUCUGUUGUAUGAAGGCCAGGGGUGCUGCUAAAUGUCCUCAGGGUAGUCCCCCACAACAAAGAAUUGUCCUCCCCAAAAUGUCAGUAGCGCCAAGGUGGAGAAACCCUUGUGUGGUACUUGCUAUCCCCUUACCAGCUCCUGACCAGUAUCGUGGGAUUUGAGGUCAGCCUUCCUAUGAAAAGAUGUGUGUGAAAUAAGCUCUGAUGACAAAUUUCAGGUGGGACAGUUUAAAGCUUUAGUGUCCUGAAUCCUGAUGUCGCUCAGAUUUGCUGACAUGUGUUACCAGUCAGCUCAUCAUCGUCAGCCAACAUCAACUGUUUUGACAAAAGCACAUUUUUUUAGUCUGUGGUUCAGUAAGCAGAUCUUGGCUCUCCUCUCAUUUUCGGCCUCACGAAUGUUAGUUUGUUCUCACACACGCUCAGCCUGCAGAAACCGUUAGAUGUUCCCAGGUCGCCACGAGGGAAGCUGAUGGUCCUGGACUUUACCAGAGCUGUGUCUGGAGGAGAGCCCUCUCUUCCAGGUCCAGGAUGUCCCUCAUCUGUGGGUGCUGGGCACAAGCUGGCUACUCUGGGUGCUGUGGUUGCUGGACUGACGUUUGAGGGACCAUCAGGACCAGGUGGAGCAAUGACCAGAUCAGAGACACGCGCGGUGCAUGGAGAAAAUGCGGAUAAGGAAACCUGCGUGGGUACCAACAAUCAAAGCUACAUCUGUGACACAGGACACUGCUGUGGACAGUCUCAGUGCUGCAACUACUACUAUGAACUCUGGUGGUUCUGGCUCGUGUGGACCAUCAUCAUUAUCCUGAGUUGCUGCUGCGUGUGCCACCACCGCCGAGCCAAGCACCGCCUUCAGGCCCAACAGCGGCAACAUGAAAUCAACCUGAUCGCCUACCGGGAAGCCCACAAUUACUCAGCGCUGCCAUUUUAUUUCAGGUUUUUGCCAAACUAUUUACUACCUCCUUAUGAGGAAGUGGUGAACCGACCUCCAACUCCUCCCCCACCAUACAGUGCCUUCCAGCUCCAGCAGCAGCUGCCUGCACAGUGUGGCCCUACAGGCGGCAGCCCCCCGAGCGCCGACCCCACCAGGGGCUCCCAGGGGGCUCAGAGCAGCCCCUUGUCCGGGCCUAGCAGAAGCAGCACGCGACCCCCGAGCAUCGCUGACCCUGAGCCCUCCGACGUGCCAGCAGACCCAGCAGCCACCAAAGCCCCCGGGAUGGAGCCCAGCGGCUCUGUGGCCGGCCUGGGGGAGGUGGACCCUGGGGCCUUCCUGGACAAGGAUUCCGAAUGUAAGGAGGAGCUGCUGAAAGAGUACAGCUCCGAGCAGGGCGGCGCCCUCCCUGACAGCAAAGACAAGACGCCCGGCAGACGUCGCCGCUUCACAGGUGACUCGGGCAUCGAGGUGUGUGUGUGCAACCGGGGCCACCAUGAUGACGACCUCAAAGAGUUCAACGCGCUCAUCGACGAUGCUCUGGACGGGCCCCUGGACUUCUGCGACAGCUGCCACGUGCGGCCCCCUGGCGACGAGGAGGAAGGGCUCUGCCAGCCCUCCGAGGAGCAGGCCCGGGAGCCCGGGCACCCUCACCUGCCGCGGCUGCCUGCCUGCCUGCUGCUGAACACCAUCAACGAGCAGGACUCCCCAAACUCCCAGAGCAGCAGCUCCCCAAGCUAGAGCAGGCCCUGCCUGCGCCCGAGAACUUGGCGACGCAACCAGGGUAGGGGAGAACCAUGAGAGAAGCAUUAAGUGACUGUGUUCCUUUUUUUUUUCCCUCUGCUCCUGCGUUUUCCUGCAUCUCCAGGUACAGUUUGGGGUGUGGGUGCCUCGCCUCCCAUAGAUACAGUGUCACGGAGGGCUGAGAAGUUGUCCUGUGACUCAUUCCUCAUACCCCACCCCGUCCCCCUUUACCUCUUUUCAAGUCACGUGUCACUACCUGCUUGGGUCAGAGAGAUGUGCGUUUCAGAAGCCCCCGAGGAGGGGAUGAGACUGUGCCCUGAGGUGACUCUUGGUGAUGGAGUGGAUUCAUGUUCUGGUGUGAGUUGAUGAGAACCUUGCUGCGUCUCAGUCUGAGAGAGGUGGCAGGUCUCAGCCCUGGAUGAAGCCCCAGUGGUCGGGAUUGUCGCCCCUCGCUGCCAGUGUCUCCGGAGCCGGAAUUGGGCUCCUCCUGUGGGAAGAUGAGAGCUGACCGGCGGUUGCGUGGCGGGUUGGUAAAGGGCUUGUGCUCUCAAAUUCCAGGUGACGAGAUCGAGGUGGCACGAUGCAUCCUGGAGGGGCCCCUUCCCAGCAGGUCCUGGCUGGCCGCAGACUGGUUCUAGUGUGGAAGAUUAUACCUGCCUUCUCUUUGGUUUUUUUCUUUAAAAAAAAAAAACAACAGAAGUGAGCUGAAAAUAAGAACUUGACCAGUGGGCAGGCAAGAAUUCUGUUUUGGAAAAGGAAAAUUUGUGGCUUUUUCCCAACUUGGCCUUCAAAGAGUCCUGGCUGCAGUUGAGCCAGAAGGAGAUGUUUUGUGUGCAGGCUUGGGUGGGGGCUAUCUCUGGAACUUCUGCGGGUGAGCAGAAGGCCCUGCGCUGUGGCAGUGGAUAGAGGUGCAGCUUUCCGCAUCUCUGCCCUUUUGAUCUGUGCCCACAGGUGAUCAGUACCCUCCCCCAUCCCAAGUACACGUCUGCCGGCCUUCACGUCUCACUGUUCUCUAUGAACAAAUGAGGAGGCUGUGGGACCUGAGAAAGGGCGGUCCCGCAGCCUGACUCUCACACAGUAUUUUCUCUUGAUUCUGAGUAAGUUGUUUUGUUUAUUUGUUUGUUUUUUCAAACUGACCAUUUGGAAAAAAUGCCUUGGUUAUCUGUGGUUUUCGUGCCCUUUCCCUGCUCCACCCCGCCUUGAGUGGGGUAACUAAUUUUUGUAGCCUAUGUCAAGUGUCUAAGUGGCCCAGGUAGGAGGGCGAAGGCAGCCAUCCUGAAGGACCACAGGAUCCUUAUUAUUGUAGUUUGGCUUCAAAAACCAGUUGAGCUUUGAUAGGAAUAAUCUGAAUGGAGAAAGCAAACUGCUGAAACUAACAUUCCCCGUCCAGCCCUGUUCAUAUGAAGAGUUUGGUUCUUCCCCCACUCUUGAACAAUGACAUUCAGACUAGGCAUUGAUGUUAUGGUAAGAAAGGAAGGUAUAUAUAUGUAUAUAUAUGAAUACACACGUAUAUAUGUGUAUGUGUGUGUAUAUAUGUAUAUAUAUACACACACACACACGAAAUAGACAAACCCAAGGCUGUGAGGUGAACGAGUGUCUGAGUUUGGAGUCCACAAAACCAAAAUCCAUGUUGAACAAAGUGCAGUCCGUAUACAGUGACUUUUUGGAUAACCUGUGUGUGUCUGUCCGUCGUGUGUGAGCCCCCAGCCCUGUUUUCCUGUGAAUACACUUUGAACGGCAGCCACUCUGCUCACGUUACCCACACGUUUGGAGCAGGCGCAGCCCUCUCAAGGUAAUUUAUUUUACGCAUUUACUGUUUACUGAGCAAAUGUCUGACUGUGCACUUGGGUGUACUCAGCAGCGCUGUCGGCGGCAGUCCCCACGUUUGCCAGAGAUACUGUGCUCCAAGUAGAGGUUUUACUCUACCCAUCACUGCAAUUUGCACAUUGCUCCGUGGACACUCAGAGGCCUGUGUUCUGCUCCCUGUAAACGGAAACGUGCUCUGAGCCUGUCUGCCUCCCUCGGCUGCUCCUGGCCCUCGGCCUCAGCCCCCGGGGGUGUCCACAACCAAUCGGGACAGAAGGCCAGGGUGGAACCUCAGACAGAAGCUGGACUGGAUCUUCAGUGUCAAGCUCGGACUGGCUGUGGCCCAGACGUCAGCCCUGCCCAGAAUUGCCAGGAGGGUUUGGCGGCCACCACAGUGCCAUAGGGCUUACCUCCCUGUGCUGAGGUCCAGCACGUGGCCGAUGUGUGGCGAGAGUGGGCAGAAGUGUGCCACAGCCCUCAGAUGCCUUUCCUGCCACCUUUUGGUUUUUGUUUUUUGUUUUCGUCUCAAACAACUCACUGAAGUGUCUCAAAGGAGAUCAAGUUUUACCAAAAUGAACCCUGCUUGAGUUAACUGGUCGAAGGGAUGGAUUCUGGCCCUCUCAGGAUUCCUUCUCCAGUCAGAGUGGGGAACUGGUCCACGUGUUUACUGCUGGGUUCACUGCAGCAUCCAACCCAAAAGGCACGAGAAGAAGAAAACGCAACGGGUGGAGCUGGGCUUGAGUCCAGCGUCACAGUCUGGCCCCUGCUACACGAGGCUGCCCUGCGUGACGAAAGGCGGAAGUAGGGAGCUGAAGGACUCGGGAGGGGGCCGGGGAGAUGUGAGGGAGUCUGGUGUUCCAGGUGAACGAGAAGAAAGGGGUUGGUCGAGGGUUUGGUGCUACAGUCGGAAGAUUUGCAAAUGCUAACACAUUCCCCUGUGAGGCACAUCACCUUUUGUCAGUUAUUGUGAAUAUGUGUAUUUUAAGCAAUAAGAUUCAGCUGGUCAGACUUUUCUGGGCAGUCUCGGUGACGCAUUUCCUGUGCUGUGAUUGUUCUGAAGACGGAGUGGCUCUAACCACUGUGAGAAGCCCAAAUAAAAUCGAUCCCCGAAACUCGA